AUGACGGCGAUGCUUAUUGAUCUGCCACAGACGAGAGUCAUGGUUGUUGAUUCGCUACAAAACGAAGACGACGAUUGUUGUGAUCCACCACAGACAAAAACCACAGUGGCGCUGGUUAUUGGUCCGCCACAGACAACAGCGAUGGUUUUUGAUCCGCUACAGACGAAGGUGGCGAUGGUUGUUAAUCCGCCACAUAUGGUGGUCGCUAAGAACCUAGUCAUGGUCAUAGGACAAGUAUUGAAAGGGUGGCUUCAGUGGCUAUGGACGGUGAUGGAGAAAUCAUUUAAUGAAAUGGAUAUUCUACUUGCUGACUGGACUUCUUACCGGUAA